AUGAGUACCGGGCCAACACUCGGCAUCUUUCUCGGCCGAGUCAUAUCUGGGAUCAUUGCGGACCAUACAUCUUGGCGAAAUGUAUAUUGGCUCGCUCUCGGUCUCCAGUUGCUUGUACUUUUCCUGCUCAUGAUUUUCAUGCCAGAAUAUGGCACUAUCAAUUCUAUCGCCCCUUUACAGCUGGUCAAGACAUAUCACAACAUUCUAUGGUCAAUCCUCACUCUCUAUUACAAACAUCCAGUUUUGGUCCAAGCAGGCUUACUGUCUUUCUCAACCUUUUUUGCGGUAUCAUCGUUCUGGACAAAUGUUACAUUCUUGCUUGCCGGGCCGAUCUACAACUAUACUUCCAGCCAGAUUGGCCUCCUUGGUCUGAUUGGUCUCGCAACCAUGGUCGCGGCUCCGUUCUGUGGUGAAUACCUCGUUCAGCCACUUGGCGAACCGCUGUAUUCCGCUGCGGUAGGCAAAAGCGUCAGUCUAGUUGGUGUGAUCCUAGGAACCUUCCUUGGCCUACACUCGAUCGCUGGUCCUAUACUUGAAGCGAUUUUCCUCGACGUUGGUCUGGUAAUACUGCAGAUCUCGAACAGAGUCUCCCUGCAUCCGCUCGAGCCACAAAUGCGAAAUCGGGUCAACACGGCGUUUGUGAGUAUCUUAUAUCUUGGUCAGCUUGUUGGAACGAAGACAGGAACCGUCGUUUAUUAUCGGUAUGGUGGUUGGAUAGCAUCAGGAGGACUGAGUAUCGCUGUUCUCGUGCUUGGGUACGUGGUAAUUGGUCUCAGAGGACCACACGCCCGUGGGUGGAUAGGCUGGGGUGGUGUGUAA